UUAAAUUUUUCUAGCUAGAUCUUGGGUUUUUUUUAUAUAGAUUUACAUCAAGAUUUGGAUAACACACUUAAGAUUUUUGAUAAAUUAAUUAUAUAUUUUGGUUAUGAAUCCUUUGUUUUCGGUUGUUAAAGAAGAAGAAUAUCAAUCAGCCGGAUCAAGUGCUAAUGAUGGUGGCAGUAGAUCGUCGGGAAAACAAACGGCGGUGGUGCAACCGCCACAGCCAAUGGAGGGUCUUAAUGAUUCUGGGCCACCUCCAUUUUUAACUAAAGUAUAUGAUAUGGUGGAUGAUGAAUCUAUUGAUCACAUUUUGUCUUGGACUAAAGAAGGUCAAAGCUUUGUUGUUUGGGAUCCACAUGCUUUUUCUACAAGUCUCCUCCCAAGAUAUUUCAAGCACAAUAAUUUUUCUAGCUUUAUUAGGCAACUCAACACAUAUGGUUUUCGAAAGAUUGAUCCUGACAUAUGGGAAUUCGCCAACGAAUCAUUCUUAAAGGGCCAAAGGCACGUAUUGAAAAACAUCAAAAGAAGAAAAGCAUCUGCACAUCCUCCUCCACAACAGCAAGCCCAAAACCCGUGUGUUGAGGUCGGAGGAUUCGGAGUUGGUGGUGAAGUGGAACGUCUACAACGUGAUAAACACAUUCUUAUGGCAGAAUUGGUGAAGCUUAGACAACAGCAUCAAAACACCCGGGCCCAACUUCAGGAAAUGGAGCUUAGACUAGAAGGGUCAGAAAUGAAGCAGCAGAAGAUGAUGUGUUUCUUGGCAAAAGCUCUGCAAAAUCCUGAAUUUGUUCAAAAGCUUGCACGGCAUGGUAAAACAAAGGAACUUGAAGGAAUGAUCAAGAAAAGAAGUCGACCCGCGAUUGAUCAAGGGUUAUCAUAUAGAAAUGAUGAAGAGCUUCGGAAUCUUGUGGGGUUUCAAGUAUCAGAACUCGAAGAACUUGCAUUAGAAAUGCAAGGUAUUGGUAGAUCCAAAAGAAAUCAAGAGGAUGAAGUCAAAGAAGUCUUUGAAUCUUAUGGAGGGGAUAAAGAAUUUGAUGAGGAAUUCUUGGAAGAGUUAUUUGAUGGACAAUUUUACAUCACUGGAAGCGAAGGUGGCGAGGCUGAUAGGAUGGAUUUCUUGACCUCAAGUGGAAAGUGAAAAAAUCGACAUGUCCCCUUUACUAAAAGUUCAAAACACAUCAGGAAUCAGUUUCUUUAUCUCCACUGUUAAUUAACUUGUCUAUUCUUGAUCUUUGUAGUUAGGUACGUUGAAUGAUGAUGAUGAUGAUGAUCAAGAUAUGAAUCUGUGAUGUUCAUGGACAAAUGUUCGUUGCAUUGUGGAUGAUCCUGAUGUUAUUUGCUUUGUUGAUUUCUGUCUAACUUGGUAAAACGUGGUUCUUAUGAAUCACUUUGGGUU